AUGGACUGCCUUCAAAGGCAACUUGCCCGCUGUUCGGACUCAGUCAAAAUCCGGCAUCACCAACACGGCGAGGGAACCGAGAUUAGCAGCACGCUCUUCGUCGACGACCAGUUGGAUGUUACGACGACCGAGCGAGGCAUAUCAGCUCGGGCCGAUGUAACUAAUAAGUUUACAGGAAAAUUCGGUUCAGGGGGUGUUUUCGGUGCGGCGAAGUCCUUCAUGAUGUAUCUGGCAGACAACAAUUCACAUCUGGAGGCAGUACAACUCAACGAUGGACUUGGCGUCCCUCAUCCAGUUCAAGUUGUAGCCCCGGCGGAAGGAUUCAAGCAUCUUGCUCACUCAAGAAGCGCAACGAAUCCAACACAUGAAUUUGUCAUCAGCGCAAUUCCGUUACAUUGUCAACAGGGUGUGCGUUUGUGGUACAGAAUGAUUUUGGGAGGUGCAAUCUCUACUGCCGCUCUCGUAGAUACAUUCAUCCGGCAAGUGGCUCGGACGGUGUUACGGCUCCCCUUUUCGACUCCGCGCCAAGUGUUUUAUGACCAACAAAAUGGAGUAGGAUUGGAAAGCUGUGAACUCGAUGCGAAUGUGCACCGAAUGCAAGAAGCGCUUCGAAUUCUAAACUCACCCGAGUUACCAGUAUAUCAUCUGCUGGUUGAGCGGCUAGAAGCAUAUCAAACCCACGCGGGACUUCCUGACAAUCCUCUCGUGCUUCCAGUCAAACCUCCCGCCCAAGUGCGAACCUGGGAAGCACAAUUGAUUCGAUUUGCAGCCUCACUCAAACCACCACUCCGUUUCGCUGUCAAAUGGACUCACCCACCUGCAGUGAGAUCACUCCGAGCUAACGAUCGACCGCUCAUUGAGAUUACACCACCGCAGCUCCGGAGUGUACUAGUUGCAGUUAAUUGGAACUCGGACUGUAAACUUAUCUUUGUGGGUGAUUUGUGUGGGUAUAUGGAACAAGUUUAUUAA